AUGAGUUUGAAACAACAAAUCGCAGUUGAACCACUGCGUCCUGGCUACUUCUGCUCAGUGAAGAAUCCGACACGAUUGGGAGCUCUCUCAGAAUACGUGUUUGGAGGAAAUACCAUUGCGGUUGCAGUGAAUGCAGCCUACCAAACAGUUAGCGAUACACAUCACUUAUACUCACUGUGUGGUCAUUUCAUCCGCCCUGCAACAACUGACCGAAAGCUCUUCUGCCACGUUGAGAGCAUAAGGGAUUCCAAAAGCUUUCAAACUCGUCAGAUUCGGGUAUCCCAAGUCACCGACCAGGGCUCUACUAAGCUAUGCUUGAUAGCUUUGGCUGAUUUCCACAUUGAAGAACCCUACUCCGCUGUAACUUAUUCCAUUCCUCCUGAGACCGAAUGUGCACCCACCACAUUAUGCGGGAAAUACUUUAUUCCUUCACCUGGCACCUCGAAGGAUUGCGAUCUAUAUAGAGAUAUCGAGCGUUUUGUCGACAUGCGAUUCAUUCACGACAACGACACGAGCCAGAAAAACCAAAAGCAGAAUCCUAGACUUGACAGCCCCCCACCAUCCCCAUCAGCGAUUACCAAGGAGAUGUUCCGCGUACCAGAGCCCCUCGACAACGAGGCCGAGCAAAUAUCUGCCCUGGCAUUCUACGCAGACAAGGGGCUGGCAUAUAUUCCGGCAAUCCACAACGGAUACGACUUAUGGCAAGCUAGUGCCUGCGCGACCUUGGAGUUUUCCCUUCGGAUACUUGUCCAUGGUCUAAAUCUUGGGAAGUGGCAUAUGGCAGAACAAAGGACCCUUGCUGCAGGAAAUGCUAGGGCCUUUAGCGAGGGGAGGAUCUGGAAUGGGGACGGUCAUUUGGUUGCAAGCAUGACUCAACAGACUAUUUUGCGUCCUAAUGCUGAGCUAGGGGCUCGCUUGUGA